GUGAAGCUAUGGCUACAGAGCGUUUAGAAGUGAUAGGUCCACAAUUUUGUGCUCCAUACGCGGUUGAUCUGAGUAUUGUUAAGCAGGUCAUGACCUUAAAAGAUGGUUCUUUUCAAGUCCUUGAUGUCAAUGAAAAUGUCAUUUUUUCUAUCAAAGGAAAGGUCUUUAGCCUACGUGAACGUCGAGUUUUGGUAGAUGGUGCUGGAAAUCCUCUUGUCACGUUUCAACAAAAGCUAUUGACUGCUCAUAAUAGAUGGCAAGCAUUCAGAGGAGAGAGUACAGACCCUAAACAAUUGCUUUUUAGUGUUAAGAAGUCUGGACUUCUUCAAUUCUUGAAGACCAAGUUAGAUGUCUUCUUGGCUACUAACACUAAAGAAGAAGUUAGUGACUUCAAAAUUGAAGGCAGUUGGAUGGAAAAAUCGUGUGUCAUUUAUGCUUCUAAUUCUACAGAAGUUGCCAAGAUGCACAAGAAGCGCACCGCUGAAAGUCUUCUUCUUGGCAAAGAUAAUUUUGGUGUAACUGUGAGUGCAAACGUUGAUUUUGCUUUCAUAGUUGCUCUUAUUGUGAUCCUUGAUGAGAUUAACGAAGACGAAUGAGAAUUGAGAUUAUAAAACAUUUUACAAAGUCACUUAUUUGUGUCAAAUAUUUUUUUUAUUUUU